AUGUCAAUACAACAAAUGCCUUAUCCACCAUACAUCCAAAUGGACGUGGCUGAUACAGUGUUACGUAUAGCAAUUGCUACAUUUGCAGUUAUGGCUUUUAUAAUUCCACUUUGCAUCGAAGUCAGCUAUUCAACGAAAGAGAAGUUCAUUGGUGUAAAUGUUUUAAUGGCAAUGAACGGAGUUAAAGUAGUCUACAACUUAUUUAGCUGGUUAAUUACAGGAAUAUUGUUCAGCACAAUUUACAUAGUACCAUCAAUUAUAAUAUUUAAGAAUACUUUUUCUCAUAAUGUUGUGGCCUACUUGGAAUAUGGAAAUGGAUUUAUAUUUUGGCUCUUAAUCACUACACAUGUCGCUCAUCUUAUAACAUUUGGCAUGCAUGUUGCAGCAUAUUUCUCAAAACCACAAUUUGUGACAAGUGUCUUAACCAUUGUUUAUAUGGCGGCAGUUUUAUUUUAUACGAACAUGACAAACCAAGAAGCUUUCAGCGUUAUACCAUAUUUUGGUAUAAUAUUUCCAACUAUUAUGAUUUCUAGACUUUUUGAAGAAACAAAU